UUGUGGAGGAAACAGAAACCACUCAAACCCGAUCCAUUUGAUUGUCUAUAUAUAGCGAGGACGAAUACUAAGUAGCACAAAAAGAAAAGCAUCAUGAGUUCGGAAAAUUGUUUAGGCAGGAAGCAUUAUGUGCUGGUGCAUGGGGCAUGCCAUGGAGCAUGGUGUUGGUAUAAGUUGAAGCCACGCUUGGAAUCUGAAGGCCACAAGGUCACAGUGCUCAACCAUGCAGCUUCUGGCAUCAACAUGAAGAAAAUUGAGGAUGUUGGCACUUUCUCAGAGUACACUGAGCCUUUGCUGCAGUUAUUGGACACAAUUCCCUCAAAUGAGAAGGUAGUUCUAGUUAGUCACAGCCUUGGGGGGAUGAGCAUAGCAAUUGCAAUGGAAAAAUUUCAAGAAAAGGUAGCAGUUGGUGUUUUCUUAGCUGCUUUUGCUCCAGACGUUGAACACCGCCCAUCUUACGUCUUGGAAAAGUACAAUGAGAGGACCCCAUCAGAGGAAUGGUUGGACACGGAAUUUUGCCAGUGUGGGAACAAAACAUUAAUGUUCUUUGGUCCCAAGUUCUUGUCUUACAAACUCUAUCAACUCUGCCCCGGCCCAUUGAGGUGCGACCUUGAAUUGGCCAUGACUUUGGCCAGGCCAUCAUCAUUUUUCAUCGAACAUUUGUCUAAGGAAAAGAACUUCUCCAAACAAAGAUAUGGGUCAGUUCCACGUGUUUAUACUGUUUGUCCUGAAGACCUUGGAAUUCCAUUGAAUUACCAACACUGGAUGAUCCAAAAUGCUGGGUUCAAUGACGUUGUGGAGAUCAACGGCGCAGAUCAUAAGCCGAUGGUUUGCAAGCCGCAAGAAUUAUGUGAUUCUCUCCAGCAGAUAGCUGCUAAAUACCAAUGAACCACUUGAUACAUCAAUAAAGCGAUGAUAUAUAUUCUUGCAAACAUGAGGCGUAUAUGAAGUUGUAUUCUGGUUAUGUUGGAAUCUUGUUGAAUUUAUAUAUAUAUUUCGAUUUGGUCA